GCACCUAGGUUUCUGCCCAGAAAGGCAGAACAGAUUUCUGUUGCCUUUUGGGAUACUAAGCAAUUACUGCCUGCAUUACUCAGGAUCCAUAAAUCAGAUGUUUUCUUUCAUUCCACAGACUAGAUCAUCUUCAUCUGGGAUGAGGAUUCAACAUUGUUAAAGGCUAUAAUGUUAGACUAGAAUUUGCAAGGGACCUAUGAGCAUAGGACUUGAGAAAUGUACAGGAAACUUUCAUUCAUUGAAAUGCUGUUUAAGGUUUAAAGAUUGUAUCAUAAAAGCAGGUAGAAGAGAAUAAAGCAAAACACCAUACUGAAAACUGUCAGAAUCUGCAGGAUUAAACAGCUAAUACAGGCUCACCCAAUUUUCACUUAUGCUCCUUAUGAGGAUUCCAGCCCUCAGCAGUACCCUUACAGAAUGAAGUGAAAGUGGAAGUGAUUCAACGAAGGUAGCUGCCAUCCGUUUUGAUAUGGAAAGUGUGCAUCUCAUGAAUGUGACCUGGCCCCUGGUGAAUUACCACUGUACUACAGAAUAACGACCUAAGCAGAACACAUGGAGAAUAUUAACAAUGUCACUGAAUUCAUUCUCUUGGGCCUCUCUCAAAAUCAAAAGGUGCAGAAAAUAUGUUUUGUGCUGUUUUCAUUCUUCUAUAUAAUUAUUGUGGUGGGAAAUAUGUUAAUUGUUAUCACUAUAAUUAGCAGCUGCCGCCUGACCUCCCCCAUGUAUUUUUUCCUGAGCUACCUGUCCUUUGUAGAUAUAUGCUAUUCUUCUGUCACAGCCCCUAAAAUGAUUGUAGACCUCCUCACUGAAAAGAAAACCAUCUCCUUUGUAGGCUGCAUAGCACAGUUGUUUGGAGUCCAUUUCUUUGGUUGCACAGAGAUCUUCAUCCUCACAGUGAUGGCGUAUGAUCGAUAUAUAGCAAUCUGCAAACCUCUCCACUAUACAACCAUUAUGACCAGGCACCGGUGUGGCCAGAUGGUUGUGGCUUCCUGGCUGGGGGGGUUUAUGCAUUCCAUCAUACAGACUGUCCUGACCACCCAGCUCCCUUUCUGUGGGCCUAACAAGAUCAAUCACUAUUUCUGCGAUGUGCACCCUUUGCUGCAGUUGGCCUGCACUGAUACCUAUGUUGUUGGCAUCAUUGUUGUUGCAAAUAGUGGGAUGAUUGCUUUGGGAAGCUUCUUCCUCUUGGUUGUGUCUUACAUUGUUAUCUUAGUUUCUCUAAGAUCUCGCUCCUCUGAAGGGCGUCUCAAAGCCCUCUCCACUUGCGGGUCUCAUAUCACUGUAGUGGUUUUAUUCUUUGGACCAUGCACAUUCACCUACAUACGCCCUUCCAGCAAUUUGUCUGAGGAUAAGAGUGUUGCUGUGUUCUACACCAUUAUCACCCCAAUGCUGAAUCCAUUAAUCUACACUCUGAGAAAUGAGGAGGUGAAAAGUGCCAUGAGAAAACUGUGGAGCAGAAAAGUUGGAGAUACAAAGGGUGAUAUCUAGAUUUAUGUUAGGUAAACAAGCUAGGAAGGAAGCAGUGGUAAUAC